AUGUCUGCAGGAGAAUCAAAAUACUACAAGGAAGCAUUAGCGGAGUAUCAGGAUAUGGAUAAAGAAGAUCCUGAUGCCUGGGACAAGAGAAUAUCGAACACAGGCUGUUACGUAGAGAAUCUAGCUUUACAACUUUGCCAUGCAGAGACUAAUGAUUGGAGACAGUGUCUUGGUGAAAUGAAACUGUUCAAAGAUUGUUGGCAAUCCAAGGGUAAUGACCAGAGAGUGGGGACAGUCGAUGCAAAAGAACAUUGA